CUGCCCUCACUCCGGAGGUUGAGAUCUGCCCUGGCCUCACCCUCUUUUGCUGCUGGGCCAUCCGCACGCGCACAGAGGGCAGCGAUGGGGACAUCCACGGUGCCUCGUGCCCUUCAGGCCCUGGCCCAGGCGGCCACCUCGCCAGCCCGUGUCCACGCAGAACCGUGGCGCCGUGGGACAGGAUCGGCUUGUGCCACGUUCCCAGCCCCAUGGAAGCCCUGGGGAAAUCCACCCUGUGGCUCUGUGGGGAGCUGGCGUCCCCGGCUGCCCGGCUGCACAUCCUGGAUUGCCGCAGUCGGGAGCGCUACGACUCCUGCCACGUGGCCCGGGCGCUGAGCGUGGCCCUGCCAGGGCUGCUGCUGCGGCGGCUGCGCAAGGGGAAGCUGUCGGUGCGGGCGCUGCUCCCGCCCGCGCCAGGUGCCGUCCUGCUGUACGACGAGGCCACCGCCACGCUGCCGCACCCCGGCCGGGACGGCGAGGAGUCGGUGCUGGCCACGCUGCUGCGCAAGCUGUGGGAGGAAGGCUGCACGGCGUAUUACCUCCAAGGGGGCUUCUCCAAGUUCCAGUCUGAGUGGCCAGAUCACUGCGAGACCAGCCUGGAGGUGCCCAGCGCCAGCAGCUCCCCCGCUUCUGCGGGGACCCCAGUGGUGGGGCUGAGGGGGCUGAGCCUGGGGUCGGACGGGGACUCGGGACCCCUGAGCAGCAGAGGGGUGGACUCGGAGGCAGCCAGCCCCCCGUCCUACCCGGUGCAGAUCCUGCCUCACCUCUACCUGGGCAGUGCCCGAGACUCGGCCAACAUGGAGACGCUGGCACAGCUGGGCAUCCGCUACAUCCUGAACGUCACCCCCAACCUGCCCAAUCUCUUCGAGGAGCAGGGCGGCUUCCACUACAAGCAGAUCCCCAUCUCGGACCACUGGAGCCAGAACCUGGCCCGCUUCUUCCCAGAGGCCAUCGCCUUCAUCGACGAGGCUGUGUCCCAGAACUGCGGCAUCCUUGUUCACUGCCUGGCGGGUGUGAGCCGCUCGGUGACGGUGACGGUGGCCUACCUCAUGCAGCGCCUCAACCUGUCGCUCAAUGACGCCUAUGACCUGGUCAAGCGCAAGAAGGCCGACAUUUCACCCAACUUCAACUUCAUGGGGCAGCUGUUGGACUUUGAGAGGAAACUGGGGCUGGCCGAGGGAUCGCCAGCGACCCCCGGAGCCCCUGACAGGCAUGGCCAGACGCCCACAUCCUCCCCAGGCUGCUUUUUCACGCCACCGCCCUCCGAAUGUGAGGAAGAGGAUGGCAGCUUCCAGCGUUACCCCACGUAGCUUCUGCCAUCCCCCAUGAGCCUCAUGGCUAAUCUAGGCGUCGGUGGGGUUACCAGGGGAUGUGUGGCUAACCUAGGCCUUGGCAGGACGCUAGAACCUGCAGGGAUGAAUCUAGACCUGCCUUUUCUGGGAUCUGUGCUCUGGAGCCAGGUCUGGAACCUGCAGCUCUGGAAUAGGAACCCAAAAGCCGCAAUUAACUUCCUUGUUUGCACUUUUGGUUCCGGAACUACAAGGAAAAUAAAACCCAGUGAGGUCA